AAUUAACUCGAGGCUGAGGACUUUGGAGCUAGGUAGAAGAGCAGCGGGGCGGAGUGGCAGGGGUGUGCCGAGGGGCAGCGGUGGCAGGGCUUUAUAAUCCGCCCAGGCACGGAAGAGAGGAGAGGUGGGAUCCCCAGUGUGCGUCCGAAGUAGCGCAGCUCAGCACUCAGCGCAGCUCGGACCAUGUUCUUCUCAGCCCGGAGCUGCCCUGGGCCGCUCGUGCGGCAGCUUUUCCUCCUGCUGCUGCUGCUGAUCUGUCUUCUUCUGCCGCCUGCCCAGGCCCUAUCCGCCGAGCUGAUGCCCGGGAAUUUUACCGCCGACGAGGCCGGGGCGAGGCUUUUCGCCGACAGCUACAACUCCUCAGCGGAGGUCAUCCUGUAUGAGAGCACCGUGGCCAGCUGGACUUACAACGUCAACAUCACCCAAGAGAACGCGCAGCGGCAGGAAGAAGCUGACCUUCUGUCUCAGGAGUUCACUGAGGCUUGGGGCCAUAAGGCCAAAACAUUAUAUGACCCCAUCUGGGAGAACUUCACUGACUUGGAGCUUCACAGGAUCAUCGGUUCUGUGCGGAUCCUGGGCUCAGCCAAUCUGCCAUUGGACCAGCGUCAGAAGUACAAUACCUUGCUGAGCAAAAUGACCAGCAUCUAUUCUUCAGCCAAGGUCUGCUUCCCCAACAAGACUGCCACCUGCUGGGCCCUGGAACCAGAGCUUACAGAAAUUAUGGCCUCAUCCAGAAGCUACACAAAGCUGCUGUUUGCCUGGGAGGGCUGGCAUAAUGCUGUAGGAGUUCCUCUUAAACCUCAAUAUCAAGAAUAUGUCAUUCUCAGUAAUACGGCCUCUAAGCUGGAUGGCUUUGAGGACACAGGUGCAUACUGGCGUUCUUGGUAUGACUCACCUACAUUCGUUCAAGACCUAGAGCGACUGUACCAACAGCUGGAGCCACUCUACCUGAAUCUUCAUGCCUAUGUGCGCCGUGGCUUGCACCGACGCUAUGGAGACAAGUACAUCAAUCUCCAGGGUCCCAUCCCUGCUCAUCUACUAGGAAACAUGUGGGCACAGAGUUGGGAAAAUAUCUAUGACAUGGUGGUUCCUUUCCCAGGCAAACCCAACCUAGAUGUCACCAGCACCAUGGUAGAGAAGGGCUGGAAUGCUACACAUAUGUUCCGAGUUGCAGAAGAAUUCUUCACAUCCCUGGGGCUACUGCCUAUGCCUCCUGAGUUCUGGGCUGAGUCCAUGCUGGAGAAACCAAAUGAUGGGCGAGAAGUAGUUUGCCAUGCCUCUGCCUGGGACUUCUACAACAGGAAAGAUUUUAGGAUUAAGCAGUGCACGAGAGUGACCAUGGACCAGCUGUCCACUGUUCAUCAUGAGAUGGGCCAUGUGCAAUAUUACCUUCAGUACAAAGAUCUGCCUGUUUCCCUGCGAAGGGGAGCCAACCCUGGCUUCCACGAGGCCAUUGGGGAUGUGCUAGCCUUAUCUGUCUCCACGCCUGCCCACUUACACAAAAUCGGCCUGCUGGACAGUGUUACUAAUGACAAUGAAAGUGACAUCAACUACCUGUUAAAAAUGGCCCUAGAAAAGAUCGCAUUCUUGCCCUUUGGCUAUCUGGUGGACCAGUGGCGUUGGAGAGUCUUCAGUGGACUCACAGUCCCAUCUCAGUACAAUUAUGACUGGUGGUAUCUUCGGACAAAAUACCAGGGCAUCUGCCCUCCCAUUGCCCGGAAUGAAACCCACUUUGACGCAGGGGCAAAGUAUCACGUCCCAGCUGUAACACCGUACAUCAGGUAUUUUGUGAGUUUUGUCCUUCAGUUCCAAUUCCACAAAGCCCUGUGUGCUGAGGCGAACUACAGUGGGCCUCUACACUACUGUGACAUCUACCAAUCUCAAGAGGCUGGUGUCAAACUCAGGGAGGUGUUGCAGGCAGGUGCUUCUCGGCCAUGGCAGGAGGUGCUUAAGGGAUUGACAGGCUCAGAGAUCCUGGAUGCAGAACCACUUCUUGAAUACUUCAAGCCCCUCAUCACCUGGCUGCAAGAACAGAACCAGAUCAAUGGCGAGGUCCUGGGCUGGCCUGAUUUUGAGUGGCGUCCACCAGUGCCAGAUGGCUAUCCAGAGGGCAUCGACAAGCUGGCUGAUGAAGCAGAGGCUGAGAAGUUCCUUGAGGAGUAUGACCGGUUGGGGCAAGUCAUAACGAAUGCUUACGUAGAGGCCAGCUGGGCUUACAACACAAACAUCACCGAUGAAAAUAGCAAGAUUAUGUUGGAAAAGAACCUGGAGGUGUCUCAACACACGCUACAAUUUGGCACCCGUGCCCGCCAGUUUGAUACCAGCAAUUUCCAGAAGUCCUCUGUGAAGCGGCUCUUGGAAAAGCUUCAAGAUCUGGGUCGAGCAGCCCUCUCCACUACAGAUUUGAAUGAGUACAAUAACGUACUGUUGAAGAUGGAAUCGGUAUACAGUAAAGCCAAAGUGUGCCAGGAAAAUGGUUCCUGUUUACCCCUGGAUCCUGAUUUGACAAAUUUGAUGGCUGUAUCUCGGGACUAUGACAACUUGCUAUGGGCUUGGAAAGGUUGGAGGGAUGUGACAGGACAAGCUAUCCUUCCCAGCUUCCCAGAGUAUGUGGACCUUAGCAACAAGGCUGCCCAGCUCAAUGGCUAUGCCGAUGCUGGAGCCUCCUGGAGAUCUCAGUAUGAAACAUCUUCCUUGGAGGAGCAACUGGAGAAAAUCUAUCUGGAACUGCAGCCACUCUACCUGAACCUACAUGCCUAUGUCCGUCGUGCACUGUACCGUCAUUAUGGAGCCAACUACAUCAAUCUUCAAGGGCCCAUUCCUGCUCAUCUUUUAGGCAACAUGUGGGCUCAAAGCUGGUCCAACAUUUAUGAGUUGGUGGUGCCCUUCCCCUCUGCCAGCCAGGUAGAUGCCACUCCAGCUAUGAAAAGCCAGAACUGGACUGCCCAGAGGAUGUUUGAAGAGGCAGACAAAUUCUUCCAGUCCCUGGGUCUGUUGCCCUUACCCCCUGAGUUUUGGGACAAGUCAAUGCUGGAGAAGCCAAAAGAUGGGCGAGAUGUAGUAUGUCAUGCUUCUGCCUGGGAUUUCUACAAUGGCAAGGACUUCAGGAUCAAACAGUGCACAGUUGUAAACAUGGAGGACCUCAUUGUCAUCCACCACGAGAUGGGCCAUGUGCAAUAUUUCAUGCAGUACAAAGACCAACCUCUGACCUUCCGAGAGGGUGCUAACCCAGGUUUUCAUGAGGCUAUUGGAGAUGUGCUGGCUCUCUCUGUCUCUACCCCCAAGCACUUACAUAGUAUUGGGCUGCUUGAUAAUGAGGGAGAGGGCUACGAGAGUGAGAUCAACUACCUGAUGAGUAUUGCACUGGACAAGAUUGCCUUCCUCCCUUUUGGUUACCUCAUUGACCAGUGGCGCUGGCGGGUGUUUGAUGGGAGUAUCAAUAAGAAAGAUUAUAACCAGGAAUGGUGGAAUCUCAGGCUAAAGUACCAGGGUCUGUGUCCACCAGUGCCAAGAUCACAAGAAGAUUUUGACCCAGGUGCCAAGUUCCACAUACCUGCAAAUGUACCCUAUCUCAGAUACUUUGUCAGCUUUGUGAUUCAGUUCCAGUUCCACGAGGCCCUGUGCCGAGCUGCUGGCCACACAGGCCCACUUUACAAGUGUGACAUCUAUCAGUCAAAGGAGGCAGGGAAGCUCUUGGCAGAUGCGAUGAAGCUGGGACUCAGUCAACCCUGGCCAGAAGCCAUGAAGCUAAUUACAGGGCAGCCCAACAUGUCAGCUACAGCUAUUAUGAACUAUUUCCAGCCCCUCCUGGAUUGGCUUAUCACCAAGAACAAGGAGCAGGGAGAGACACUAGGCUGGCCUCAGUAUGACUGGACUCCAUAUUCUGGUGCCUCCAGUGCUCCCAAUGUACCGAACAGUGGCAAAGUCAGCUUCUUGGGAAUGGAGCUGGAGCGUGGGCAGGCUACAGCAGGGCAGUGGGUACUGCUUGUCCUGGGCCUGGUGUUGCUUGUGGCUACAAUGGGCUUGGCCUAUAAGACAUGUAGCCUCAAACGUAGAGAGGAGCCUUAUUUUGGCUCUGAGGUGGAGCUGAGACACUCCUGAGACUGAGCCUGGGACUGAGAGGAAUUGGAAAACCCGGUGGAGAAAAGAAGGGAAGGUGGUGGAGGAGAGAAAUGAAAUGCAUGCUGAGGACAUGCAGCCUUUGGUCUGAGCUUUGGUCAUUAGAUACUGAGGAAACUCAUUCCAUUGGACUCAGGACUUCAUUCUUUUUUUAUUUUAUUUUUCAAAUUUUAUUUUAUUUUUAUAAUUAUUUUUCUACUCUGCCCCAUCUUUAUCUUAUUCUUUACUGCUUUCAUCUACUUUCUUCUCAAAAUUUUCUCUUCCUCUUGCUUUCACCUCCUUGAUUUCCUGUUCCCUUCUGGCUUCUCUGAUUGUCAAACUUUCCUAACUAUGCAAGAUGCUAUAGGAUCACUCCAUUUGAACAGGGAACAGGAGAGGUACUUCUAAAUGCUUCUCCCAUGGUGCAUGUCUGAUGGGGACUUGCGUUGGAGUUGGGGGAGAGCUUGUUUAUUUUUCUGUGGCUUAUUAGGUCAGGUGUGCUCAGUAGGAGCCAACUAGACCCCAUCCCCAAAGAAUCCAAUCACUGUGAUCCUAUAUGAAUGAAAUUAAAGGUUCUCAUUCAUCUUCCUACACUGCAUCCCAUUCCCUCAUCCCUUGGUUCACCUAAAAGCAACAAAUCCUGGGGUCCAGCCUUCUCCCCUUCAUAUUCCAUUUCCCCAAGUAUCUCCCCUCAAUUCUGAAUUGUCCUGCUACCCAGCAACCCUGGGAGUACUUCAAAGAAUAGAAAUAGUCACCAUUUAGUAUGCUCAAUUGAAAUGACUACUUUCCCUUUAGCCAGCCUUCCCUCCAGACCUGCUUUUUUCUGUGUGUUAUAAAGGCGAAGGGAAAACAGAGGAUUCUCUUACCCCAAAGUAAGGAGUGGAACCAAAGGCCCUAGCUGCACACUGUGCUCCCAAAAGAAAUACAGUUCGAUCUCCAGGAGGAGAAUUUGGAAAGAUAUCUAGAUCAAACUGAGUAUGGAAGAUCUUAGAUAGAGGCAAUCUGGAAAACCAUAAUGAGGUCUGAGUGGCUGGGGCUUUGUCUAGGAGUUAGGAGGUGGCCAAAAUAUAGGGGGAGUACUGACUGCACUUUGUGCCAUUCAGUAAUAUAGAAACAGCUAGCUGGCCUGAAAAAUUCAUUAAAACAGGAAGAUACAAGCUCAAAGCAGUUUCCUCUGCCCAGGAAGCGACACUUCAAAUGAUCUUUUCAUUGUCCUAGCCCUGCCACCAUCCAUGACAAUCUCUUCCCCAGCAGUGGCUUUGUGACAGCCUUUUUUGUGACCAUCCUCAUCACUUAAUUGAAGGGAAGUAUUGUGCUACUUGUCCAGGGCACAAACACAGCUAAAUGAGUCCCUGCUUUCUGCUGAAAUGAAAAGUGUCACAGUCGCUGUCCAAUUUUGGAAAGUGCCCCGAGUGUGACUUACCGUAAAUUUACAUGCUUUGUGUACCCUCCAUGGAAUGUCUUCCAUUGGCCUGAAGUCAAGUCCUUGGCCCUCGCUUCCCUGGUGCUCAACUUGUCCUCUUGCUCAAUCCAGCCCAGUUCUGUGAACAGAGAGGAGUGGGAAGGGGGCAGGGGGAGUCCAGGUUCUACUGAGGAGGGGGUCUCCUGGCUUCUUAGGAGAAGAAGACCCUUCCAGGAGAGGAAGACAACCCAGCACGUGAAUGAGACUGAGAAGUGUGAGAUUGAUCUGACUUACUGGCAUCCGUUAUUGUUUCAGUCCCUUAUGGUUUCAUGCCCGACAGAUUGUAAUUCAACGACAACAAAAACCAUUUCAUGAGCAGAGCACCGGCCAAGAUGUGGGGGCCACAGGAGACAUAAAGUUCAGAUGGACUUUAGAGGCUACCCCAGGCUCUGUGGUGCCAAUUCCACCCUAGAAGGCCCAUGAUUUACUCAAGGCCUUUAUAAACAAGUGCCAGGGGUAUUGUUGAGAGCCCUGCCUGUGGCUUACUUCCCACUUAUGCAACUAAACCAUAAAAGUAUGUCUAACUCCAUAAAAUGAUUCCCUGAAGUAAUACAGGGUUCUUUCCUCAGGUCUAGCUGUGAAUGAUACCCAGAUUUAUGCAGAAGGAUAGAUGUUCAUUUACUGUCCUUUGCUCCUCAUGUUGUAAAUAAAUGAAUGAAAGAAUAAAUUAUUUAAGCUCUAUUUACCAAGCACCAUGCUUUGCACUGGGUACACAAAUACAAAGGCAGAAUUAGUUCCUACCCUCAGAUUAUAUUCUAAUAUGAGCAGUGACCAGAGAGGGGGCAUUUUGGCUUAGGAAGUUGCAAGAAUAAGAAGUAGAUAGAAAAGAUGGACAUGUCCUUUCUAGGAGCAAUGAUAGGAUUCAUAGAAUUAGAGCUCAAGAACUGGACAGUAGAUAUGAUUAUCAGUUUUGGGCAAAAAGAUGGCCUGGGAAAUGAAAUGACACAUGGAUGGAACUAGGCCUAGAUAUGGUCCACUUAAGCAGUCAAUGAGGACGGUGAGGCUCUAGACAGGAGUUUUGGUGGUAUUCCUCCAGAUGACAUGCAUCCUGGGAAGCCAGCUGUUAGUGAGAUAGUCAAGAAGUAAAAUGGACAAUGGACAAGGGCAGUUAAGUAAUGCAGUGGAUAGAGCACCAGAACUGUAGUUGGGAGGAAUUGGAUUUAAAUCUGGCCUCAGACAUGUCCUGUGUAAUCCUAGACAAGUCAUUAAACUCCAAUUGCCUAGUUCUUACUGCUCUUCUGCCUUGGAAUCAGGAUGUAUUCUAAGACAGAAGUUAAAGUUUUUAGAAAAAAACAACAUGAAAAUGGACCUAUGGACCUUUGCCUUUCAUUGCCCAUACCCCAUACAGUAGGCUGGACAUUCUAGAGAUUAGCCAUUUAUAUGUAAGACCCCGUGAAUGAUUUGACCAGGUUUCCAAGACUUUCCCAUUUGGGACUUGGUAGUUCUUUGAAGGUGAAAAUCUUUGUAUCAGAUUCUGGACCCAUUGAGGAUCUAGAUAAUUUUUGCAAUAAAUAUAUUUAAAACUCCCAAGACAA